UUCCCACUCGUGUGCCCCUCUUUCACCGCCCUUCUGUCUUUAGAUGUAGUUGGAUUUGUGCAGUGAAGUUGUUACUUGUUGUUGGGGAGUGUGUGCGUGUGUGUGUGUGUGUGUGUGUGUGUGUGUGUGUGUGUGUGUGUGUGUGUGUGUGUGUGGGGGGGCGUAGUACUGCAUUGUCCUGUCAUUGAGGCAAAUGGAAGCAAGCUCGUUUUAUUGAUCGUCAAGCUGUCACAACGUCUUUGUCAUUCGUGUUGCUUGCAUGACAUUCAUAUUUCUUCAAUUGUAUAUUUGUGUGUCCGUGUAUUUUUAGGAUAUUUGGGUGCAACCAAUGUCCCUUUGUGUCUAAAUAUGACUGGAAUUUGUAUUUUCUUGGGGGUACAAUGACCACGUAAUAUGGCAUAUUUUUUUCCUCGAGUUUUCACGUCAUAUUUACACAUUUGUUCUUGUGAAUUUAGUAUAUAUUUUUGGACGUUUCCAACUGUUCUAUUAGGGCUCUUGUCGCUUAAUUACAGCAAGUUUCUGAUAACCUUUUGAGUUUUUCCUCUCUUUGUUUCUUUUCCUUAUAAUAUAAUAUUCAAACGUUAUCAUCGUGACUUUGCAAUGAAUUUAUUUUCGUAAUGUUGCAACUUUCUCGCAAAUUGCGAUGUAUUCUCGUACUCUUCCUGUUGAUUGUCUUGUCCUGACAUUGCAAGGUUUUUGGUGACAUGAGGACUUUUUUUUGCCCAGCAAAGUCAUGUGCGCUUCAAUGGGAAGAGGCUCGCCUCCCAGGCAUCCCGGGCAAAGUUGCUCAGCCGAAAUGGCGGCGUGGCUCUCAACACUGUCUUUCCUUUCUUCUUUCUUUUCGUUUUUAUCAAAUUACAUCCAUCAAGUCUUGUCAUCGCGAGCGUUUAUUGUUUGUGUUUCGAUAGAAGUUGAAAUCUCCUACUUUCCGACCAUUACUCCUUUGGGGCGCUCACGGGUCGUGAAUGCAUCGCGAGUUCUUAGCGAAGCAGUGAGCGUGCCGCGAACUCCGAGGGUCCGUGAAGGCGUCGCGUCGAGGGCGGUGAGGGAGGAAGAAAAACUGCGGGGCGAAAGUGAGGAGAGGAGGAAGAAAAAAACGCCUCGAACCACGGCGAAAAAUCACAGCGUGGACGUCUAACCGUGUAUGGACCGUCGUUUGGCGGAUUCUAUGAUGAGGAGCGAGCCUGUGCUUUUGUCUUCCAGCGGGGCAAUGGAGGAGUUGGUGUACGAGCUCCGGCUGUUCCUGGACCUGCUGGACCGGGAAUAUCUCAGCGCCGGAAUCCGAGAGAAGAAAACACACCUCUCCAACAUCCUCAACCGAGUCCUCUCGGAAAAAGAGCCAUUAUGCAAAGCAGAGAUCCACAGUGGACUACCCGCACCCCCUCAAAUGCCGCUGCCUGAAAUCCCUCACCCAUGGCUGGCUCCAAACGACGGCCCUCCUCCUCUACCCAGCUCCUCGCUACCGGAAGGUUACUACGAAGAAGCGGUGCCUUUAACCCCCGGCAAAGCGCCGGAAUACAUCACAUCGAACUACGAUUCGGACGCUAUGAGCAGCUCCUACGAGUCGUACGACGAGGAAGAAGAGGACGACAAGGGUCGCAAGACGCGCCACCAGUGGCCCUCCGAAGAGGCCUCCAUGGAUUUGGUGAAGGACGCUCGGAUCUGCGCUUUCCUGCUGCGCAAGAAACGCUUUGGCCAGUGGUCCAAGCUUCUCUGCGUCAUUAAAGAUAACAAACUCCUGUGUUACAAAUCGUCCAAAGACCAGACGCCGCAAAUGGAGCUGAGCCUGUCAGGUUGCAGCAUCAGCCACGUCCCCAAAGACGGCAAGAAGAAACGCCACGAGCUGAAGAUUGUCCACCAGGGGGCAGAUGCCCUGGUGCUUGCCGUGCAGAGCAAAGAACAGGCAGAGGAGUGGCUCAAGGUCAUGAGAGAGGUGUGCGGUAACGGGACUUAUGAAUUGGAUCGCUCCGCAUCCCCAGUCCACAAACCUGAACUGGAAAAGAAAUCCUCGUCCGACAGGCCAAGCUCGGACGGCGAAGCGGCGCACGAGAACGGACACGUGGACAACAAGGACCACGGAAAAGGAAAAAAGAAUUCCAAGUCGGAGCAGGGCAAGACCGGCACGGUCGGGAAAGGCGCCGGGAAGAAGAUCACCAAGAUCAUCGGGCUGGGCAAGAAGAAGCCCUCCGUGGAUGAGCAGACUUCAUCGGCGGAGGAAGAUGUCCCCACGAGUGGCUACCUGAACGUGCUGUCCAAUAACCAGUGGCGGGAGCGCUGGUGCCGCCUCAAAGACAACCAGCUGCUGCUGCACAAAGACCAGGAUGACCUGAAGAGCCACAUGGCUUCGCUGCCCCUCCGAGGCUGCGAGGUCAGCCCCGGCCUGGACCACAAGCACCCUUUUGCCUUCCGCUUGCUACGUAAUGGUCAGGAGGUGGCUGUACUGGAGGCAUCCUCCUCCGAAGCCAUGGGUCGCUGGCUAGGGGUCUUACUGGCCGAGACGGGCUCCGCUGCGGACCCGGCCAACUUGCAUUACGACUACAUCGACGUGGAGACCACCGCCAACGUAAUCCAGCUGGCCAAACAGUCGCUCUGUUUUACCAGUAAGCGUGCGGUCUCCCCGAACCCGUACGCCUGCCCCAGCGGGACGGCGCUGCACUACCACGACGUACCCGUCAACGGAAUGCACUCCGGUCCCGACACAGGUGGGAAGAAAGCGCACGAUGACAACUCCUAUGAAAACGUGCCCGGGGCCAAGCUGUCCGCCUCUUCCAAUCGCUCUCAGGCACCCGUUUGUAAAGUCUCUUCUAAGUUCCUCACUGCUGACACUAAAACCAAAGCUGGCGCUCAGCUUAAGGGGAAGAAGGGGAGCGCAAGCAGCGGGCUUGCAUCCAAACAGAAAGCAGAUCCGAGAAGUCAGCAAAAGAAGAACGGAGUCGCUGCUAUGAACGGGACAGCGUCGCUGAAACGCAGCAACUCCGACGCGGAGCAAUGUAAAUAUGGGAAAAACCGCGUGGAGGCAGACGCCAAGCGGCUGCAGGCCAAAGACGACGAGCUGACCAAGAAGAAACUCGACAUCCGGAACCAUCUGGCCGCUCUGAAGAAGGAACGCAAGGACCUGCGUAGCGCUAUUGAGGCGGCCUCAGGCAAGCGAUCGCAGGCCUCCGUGUCGGAACGACUGAAGAAGGUGGAGGACGAGUGCAGACAGAAGGAAGAAGAGCGAGUCAACCUGGAGCUGGAGCUGACCGAGGUCAAAGGCAGCCUGAAGAAGGCGCUGAGCGGCGGGGUCACCCUGGGCCUCACCAUCGAACCCAAAGCUGCUCCGGCGGCCGUCCAGUCACCGGCAGCGUUACGACGGAUGCAGGAGUCCUCGCCCUUCUCCAGCUGCGACACCAGCGACACGGAGACCUGCUCCCUGCCCGUCAACAGCGCCUCGCUGCUGCGCCGGCAGCGGGCCGUCCCCAAGGCGUCGCCGGUGCGAGGACACGUCCUCAGGAAGGCCAAGGAAUGGGAACAGAAGAGCGGAACAUAAAUCCCUUCAGCUUGCUCCCAGGCUACGUUCACACUGCAGAGCAUCAUGCCCACUUUGGAUUUUUUGGGUUAAAUCCAAUCUUUUUAUGCAGUCAUUCGCAUUCCAAAUAACAAAAGCGACUUCCGAUGUCCGCGACGUCACACGCGCGCGCAGAAAACAGGACGCCGCGUUGCGCAUGCGCACGAACGACCUGUACGGCCACACUGCAUUCGCGUGGUUUACGUCCGCAUAUGAAAAGAAGCCUGGGUCGGAUAUAAAAACAAAACUCUAAAUUGUACUGUUCGCAUUGACAUGACAAAAAGAUCUGAUACAUGACACAUUGGGCAAAAAAAAUAAAUAAAUGGAAUUGGCCUGCAGCGUGAACAUAGCCUUAGGUUCUUUUCUUUCGGUGACAUUACAGAUGUAUUUAUUCAAAACGGUCUUUCCGCACACUCUUAUGUAUUAACCAUAAAACCAAAAAAACAAAGAAACGCUGGUUUUCUGACACUUUUCUACUGUUGAGCAUGCUUCGUGUACAUACUGUACCUGUGCAUAUUGUGUUGCCCGAUUUUUGUUUGUUAUUCUUGUCUUUCACUCCAAGGUCUCUCUCAGCAGAUUCAGUCCAAAUCCAAUAUUUAUUUGUAAAUGUUUCCAGAAAAAAAAGAAGUAGCUUCCCUCUAUUUAUGUUGAUAUAUUUAAAUUAUAUAUGUAGAAAAUGAAUUGAAAAAAAUGACGCAUUUUGAGUCCAGAUCCCAAGUUUGGGAACCUUCCUUUAACCUGUUGAUACUGUUGUUGUUUUUUUGUUUUUUGUUUUUUUUUUUUUGUUUGUUUUUUUUUUGGUCACGCUGGUGGCGCUAAAUCGCUCCCUACCAAAUAUUGCAACCACUCUGAAAAGAAAAAAAGUCAAAUAACUAGUCGACCAUUCCCAGUUCCUAUACACAUUAUGUUCUUAUUUUGUUAUUGACUGACGCAUUGACACUUUUGUUUAACGUAACAUUGUCAUUUUAUGAGAAAUAACGUCUUACAUUUACAACAUUACAAGGGGAAAAAAACUAUUUAUCGAGAAAACUACAAAGCUCUGAAUAUUACAACAAAAGAAGUCUCAUGAGUGGCGAAAAAAAAGUGUCACGAGAUAAAGCUGGCAUUUUAUGAGAAAUAAGUGUUCAUUUUACUAUUUUCCAGCCAAAAUCUCAGUUUAGAAAUACAAUGACAAAGUUCAGAGAUAAAGGUACAAUUUUACAAAAUUAAAGUUUUUUAUUUAUUUAUUUUUUUAGAAAAAGCUUAAUUUUACAAUAUUACACCCCCCCCAAAAAAUCUCAAUUUACAAAGACCAAGUACAGAUAUUAUUGUAAUUUUAAAGGACUAAAGUUGUCACUUUAUGAGAAGCAAGUCGUAAUUUUACAAUAUUACAAGAUUCAGUGAACAAAGUUUGAAGAUAAAGUUGUAAUUUAAUGAGACAAGAAGAAAGUCCUAAUUGUACAACAUUACAAGGGGACGGGAGACAAAUUCAAAGAUAAAGAUGUCAUUUAUAAUGAAAAAGUUAUUAGUCAUUUUGGAGAAUAUUUCAACAAGAUCUGCGAUGUGACGGGGGAACAAAAAGAGUUACAAGAGAAACUUCUAAUUGGAUGAGAAACAAGUUUUGAUUUUACAAUAUUCCAAGGAAUGCAAUCUGAUUUCACAAAGAGAAGGUCAGAGAUAAAAGUUGUUAUUUUGGAAGACUUUUCCAUGAAAUAAGGCAAUAUUUCAAGGAGAUCCUUUUUGUUUGCAGUGUAGCCCUAAAGGUCCUUGGUUGUCUAAAAUAAUGGCUAAUAACGUUUAGUAUGGUAAGUAUGCUGUUAGCAUGAUGUGGCUUUGUGAACCUGCCACAUGUAGCGUAGUUUAGCUUGGCAGAUGGUUUUGGGGAGGAGUUUUCUUUGUUUGUCUGGUGCACCUUAUCAAUGUUUGACUUCAUUUCAUUUUGGACAGUCGCCACCUUGACGACAGCAACAUGCUUUGUACAUAGAUUGAGAGACCUUCUGUGUUGACCGAAUGAUAAUAAAUCUCUUCAAAAGUU